AUAAAUAUUGAAAGUUCAAAUUUGAAGUGAUAUGAGAACAUGGCGAGAUAUUGUGAUACUGAAUAUCCAUGCUUGAUUGGUGUAUUGUACAUAUUAAUAGUUCUAAACCCAGCAACAGCGUUCGUCAUUAACGAGGGUGUUGAUUGCCCAGUUCGGAACGAGGCAGAAUCAACUUAUCAAUGCAAACCUGCAUGCAGUCCUUCGUCAACUUGCAAAAAUUCAUACGAAAAGUGUUUAUGUGACGGCCUUUGCGGAUUUUCUUGUUUGCAUACAGGUUCAAACGAAACAACAACAACUACUCAAAGCAGCGAAACUACUGGGCAUCAUUCCCAGCGCCACCCUGACCUAUUUUGGUUUAUCGGUGGAGCAGUCGUCGGCAUUUUGGUUUUAAUUGUCUUCAUAGCUGCAUGUCUUUCUUGCAAGGGGCGGUGUUGUGGAAACUGCAAAGUUUUUUUCUUUUGCUGUCCAUCGAAAAGUUAUUAUUAACCUUUUUGAAAAACUUUAAAUGUUAUCCACAGUAAAUAAAUAACGAUAAGUUACAUAUAAAAUAUAUAUAGUAUUUGAUAAAAAAAUGUUUUUAAAAUAUUUUAUCUUAUCUUUGUUAAUUCAAAGUGAAUCAUGAGUUUGCUGGUUAAUUUCCCUUCUAGGAAUGAGGAUAUACCAAAUCUCCGUUUGAAUCGCCUCCUCUGUAAACGACUAAAACUGAGUUUUGGGUUCGAUUCUGAUACCAUCUACUCUCAAUGAGUACAUUUAGGUGCAAUGUUUUAUGUAAUAAAUAUUCAAAAAUGCUUUAUUCAUUUUCAAAACCUCGAUUUUUAUUUUCAUUAAUAUUUGUCAUUAUGUGUUAAUUUGGACAUCGAACUAUCGAUUGCCGUUUUCAUGUUCAAUUGUGAACAUUACAAAUCGAAUUCAAAAAGAAGUAUUUAAAACAUCUGAUCCACUCUCUGAAUCCGUGCUGUAGAAUUCGAUGUGGUGCGAACCGUUUUUAUAUAUUCCACAAAUAAAUUCUUUGCAAAAUUUGA